AGCAGUGCCUGCACUGAAGAACAGCAAAACAGUUCGCUAUUUCGGAAAUUAUUUACUAAAUUCAUUGGAGUUUUAAAAGUUUUGUUAAUUUUUUGAUCUUCUAACUAAAAGAAACCAUCAAAAACAAUCAUGACUGACAAAAAGAAUCUCCUGUUGCUGUUCGACCGCCCCACCGAACCGGUCUUCAUGGAAAAGGGCAAAACAUCGACGGUCUUCGAUGUUCCCGACAAGUACUUGACAAAACGUUACGAACGUUUGGGCAAUGAAAUCCAAAGUCGUUUCGGCGAAAAGGCUGAACAACGUGUACCGGUUAGAGAAAUAUCCCUGCCCGAUUUACGUAUUCCCAUGUCCUUGGGUCGUGAUGAACAAUUCUCAUUGUUCGUGCCACGCCAUCGUCGCAUUGCGGGUCGCUUGAUUGACAUUUUCGUUGGCAUGCGCACCGUUGAUGAUUUGCUCAGUGUUGCUGUGUAUGCCCGUGAUCGUGUCAAUCCCUAUUUGUUCAAUUAUGCCCUCUCGGUGGCUUUGUUGCAUCGCGAAGAUACCAAGGGUUUGGAUUUGCCCUCGUUUGCCCAGAAUUUCCCCGAUAAGUUUGUGGAUUCCCAGGUCUUCCGUCAGGUGAGAGAGGAAGCCACAGUCGUGCCCGAUGGAUCUCGCAUGCCAAUUGUAGUUCCUCGUGACUAUACCGCUUCCGAUUUGGAUCCCGAACAUCGUCUGUGGUAUUUCCGUGAGGAUAUGGGCAUCAAUCUUCAUCACUGGCAUUGGCAUUUGGUUUAUCCUUUCGAGGCUGGGGAUCGCCGUAUUGUCGAGAAGGAUCGUCGCGGUGAACUUUUCUAUUACAUGCAUCAACAGGUCAUUGCCCGCUACAACAUGGAACGUUUCAGCAACAAUUUGGCCCGUGUCACUAGAUUCAACAACUUCCGUGAACCCAUUGCUGAAGGUUAUUUCCCCAAGAUGGAUUCACUGGUUGCCAGCCGUGCUUGGCCACCACGUUUCGAUAAUACUUCCAUCAAAGAUUUGAAUCGUGAAUUGGAUCAAAUCAAUUUGGACAUUUCAGACUUGGAAAGAUGGCGUGAUCGUAUUUUCGAGGCCAUCCAUCAAGGAUUUGUGGUCGAUGCCAGCGGCAAUCGUAUUCCUUUGGAUGAACGUCGUGGUAUUGAUAUUCUGGGUAAUAUGUUGGAAGCUUCCAUCAUUUCACCCAAUCAAUCGGUGUAUGGUGAUUUCCAUAACAUGGGUCAUGUCUUCAUUUCCUAUGCCCACGAUCCUGAUCAUCGCCAUCUGGAGUCAUUCGGCGUAAUGGGUGAUUCAGCCACUGCCAUGCGUGAUCCUGUCUUCUACAGAUGGCAUGCCUAUAUUGAUGAUAUUUUCCAAGAACACAAGACCCGUCUGACACCCUACACCUUGCCUCAAUUGCAAUAUGAUGGUAUAUCCAUAUCUGGACUCCAGGUUAGCUCUGAGGGUGGUCAACCCAAUGUUUUGAGCACAUUCUGGCAACAAUCGGAUGUUGAUUUGUCCCGUGGCAUGGACUUCGUGCCACGCGGUAAUGUCUUUGCCCGUUUCACUCAUUUGCAACACACACCCUUCACCUAUACCAUUAAUGUCAACAAUGACAGUGGCGCCCAACGUUUUGGCACCGUACGCAUCUUCAUAGCCCCCAAGACCGAUGAACGUGGUCAGCCAUGGUUGUUCCGCGAUCAACGUCUGAUGAUGGUGGAGUUGGAUAAGUUUGUUGUGCAAUUGAAUCCUGGCCAAAACACAAUUCGCCGCCGUUCAACAGAUUCCAGUGUUACCAUUCCAUUUGAACGUACCUUCCGCAACUUGGAGGUUAAUCGCCCAGCCCAAGGUAGCCCCGAAGAAUUGGAAUUCAAUUUCUGCGGCUGUGGCUGGCCUCAACAUAUGUUGAUACCAAAGGGUUUGCCCGGUGGCAUGCGUUGUGAACUGUUUGUCAUGGUCUCCAAUUAUGAAGAUGAUCGGGUUGAUCAAACCCUGGUCGGUGCCUGCAGUGAUGCCGCCUCAUACUGUGGUGUCCGUGAUCGUCUCUAUCCCGAUCGUCGCGCCAUGGGUUAUCCCUUCGAUCGUUUGCCUCGUCAAGGUGUUGAUCGUUUGGUCCAAUUCCUGACACCCAACAUGAGCAUUGUUGAUGUAUCGAUUCGUCAUGAUGCCAACAGAGUUGUAAUGAGACAAUAAGUUUUCUCCAGGCGGCAGCGAUGAUGAUGACAACGACGACGACCAUGUGCAACAAACCGAAUGUGAUUGUGAUUCUGAAAAUAUGUUUUCGAAAAUUAAUAUUUAAUCAAUAAUUUAACCUUAUUCAGUGCACUUCAUAAAUUAUUAAAUAAAAGCCAUGAAUGGAAAUAGCAA